AUGAAUGUUUGUAGUGGCCAUGGUUCAUGUCCAGUUCCAAAUAAUUGUACAUGUCAACCAGGAUAUUAUGGAUAUCAGUGUGAAGCUCACCAAUGCUAUGGCACUUUAUUUAACAAUUCUAAUGUUUGUUCCACUCAUGGACAAUGUUUAUCUCCAAAUAAUUGCUUCUGUGAAGCUGGGUAUUAUGGACCUGAAUGUUCUGAACAUGAUUGCUUUGGAGUUCAUAAGAAUUCUUCAAAUGUUUGUUUCAAACAUGGAACUUGUCUGAGUCCAAAUAACUGUUCAUGCCAAGAAGGAUAUUUUUCAUUUGAUUGUUCAAAUCAUAAUUGCUUUGGAAUUCUUUUUAAUGAUACCAACGUUUGCUCAAGUCAUGGUUCAUGCUUUGUUCCAGAUAACUGCACAUGUCAACCAGGAUAUUAUGGCCAAACAUGUGAAUUGCACAAUUGCUUUGGUACCUUGUUCAACGAAUCGAGUGUUUGCUCAGGAAAGGGACAAUGUGUAUCACCAAAUUACUGUUCUUGUGUUGAAGGAUUCACCAAUAAGGAUUGUUCAGUGAAUAUUAGUCCAUUCCAAAUUAACAUUACAAAAUAUGAAGAGGUUGUCUAUUUGGAAUUUGAUAACAAGACUGUCAGUGUGGAAAUUCAAUUAAUAGAUCAAGUAUUAAGCCAAAGUCCAAAUAUUUCCUACACCUGGUCAUGUGUUGAAUGUGAUGGACAAAAUGUGGUUUUCUAUGUGGAAUCCAAUCGUUUGUUAAUCAACUCUACAUUAACUGAUGUUACUCAAGCAGGCAAUUACACUUUCAUUGCAAAUGCAUCCAUUGCUAAUAUUCAACCAUUCCAAAGCAGAAAAUCCAACCUGCAACAAUUCAAAUUAGUAGUCAAGUAUGAAUUGAAUGAGCCAACUUUGGGAAGCUUUGGUUUACCAUCUGUUCUAGUUUCAGGUACUCAAGAUCAAACCAUUUCAACUGUUAUUAACAGUAUCACUCUGAACACAACUACUAUUAGAUACUUUUUAGGUUGUGGAAAAAAUUGCUCAACUUUGGUUUCCUAUGAAUGGAAAGUUAGUGCAGGAGUAUUCUCUUACAAAAGGUCAGGUUCAGUCUUGGCCAAAUAUGAUAAUACUAACCUAUUAUCAUUUUCUCCAUCAGUUCCAAUUCAAGCAAGCAUUCCAUCCAACUAUUUGAAUGAGACUGUCUUGUUCACAUUCACAGUUAUCAAUAGCAAGCAGCAAAACAUUAGCUCUUCUGUUCAAAUUCAAAUUAUCUCCUCUGCAAGUCCUCCAACACGUGUUUCCAAUCUUGUUAGCGUUUCUCCAAUCUCUGGUAUUUCAAUGAAUGACAAGUUUACAAUUCAGGUUUCUGAAUGGGUUGCAACAUCACCUGAACUAUUGCCACUCAAAUAUGCAUUUGGUUAUUAUGAUAAAUCAAAGGCAGAGUCUGUUAGAUUGACUGAAUACAGUCUCAACACUACCUUCUCAUCUUAUUUACCUUACAUUAGGUCGGAAAGCUCUUCCACCAAAUCAAGAAGUAUUUUAGAAACAACAGAAACAAUCUCACUGGUUGUCUUUGUCAAGGACGCCCUCGGAAAUGUGGAAACUGAAGCAUCAGCAAAUGUAACAGUCUCUCCAUUUAAUGGAACUCAAGAGCAAUACAUUGAAGUUGUAAAAUCUUUGAGUGGAGAGUCGCUAUUAGGUGCCUCUGUAGAUCAAACCUUUACAACAAGUUCAGCAUCGUCAUCAUUGGUCUCUGCCCUCAUUUCUAAUGUAGUAAUUGAUCCAAAGAACCCUUCAUCAUCUUUAUCAAGCUUGGAAACACUAACAUCCAAUAAUGAAACACUAACAGCUGAUACCGUCAGUCUAGUCAUCAACAAAGUGGAUUCAUUUGUUUCAAAUUUGACAGACAUUUAUUUGAGUGAACUUGCUCUGUAUGGCUAUGUGAAAUCAUCCCUCUCCAGUGCAGAUAUCUCCAAAACAAUUCAAGUUAUUUCAAACUGCUUCUCUACUUCAUAUGAUUCUGAAAAAACCAAAUCGACAGCUAGUCUUGUCACUGUUCUGAUUUAUUAUGGAACUAUCCCAACUGUUGUUAGUUCUACUUCAACCGAUUUACCAACAAGUUCAUACAAAUCUUCUCUCAUUAAUAUUACAGUUUCUAGUUUCAAUGUGCCAACUCCAACUAGUAAUUUGCAAAGCGUUUCUGAUACUGAAAGCAAGGUUUCUAUGAAUUUGACAUCAGUGAUGUCCAAAUAUGGCACCUAUUCAAUGACUUGUGGAGCAACAAUGAUAGUUUAUUCAAAGAACACAAAUUAUGAUGCUUCAGUUAGUAACAUGACCCUCAGCUCCUCUGUUACUGAUUUCAAAUUCAUGAAAAAGACAGAUGUCUUGGUUUUGGAUAAUUUAGAUUCACCUCUUAUUCUUUCAUUCAAUGCUGCCACUAUUCCAAGCUCAAUAAUCUCCAAUUCGACUGUUACCAACAGUACGUAUCAUUGCAAGUAUUGGGAUGAGAAACUCAAAAUGUGGAGCAGUUAUGGAUGUUCAUUGCAUAGAGUUUCAUCUAACUCAAUUGAAUGUGCUUGUUCUCACACAACCAUGUUUACAACUUUCCUUGAAUCCAAGACAACAACAUUUACCGUUCAACUCAAGGAUCAAGUUUCAUCAUUAUACUAUGCCCAAAUAUCAUUUGGUAUUAUUUAUUUGAUUGCAGCAAGUGCAAUUUUGAUUGGAUUGAUUGUUUUGAGAAAGUCUCAACCUGUGAGCUCUAGAUUGCUUACUCCUUAUGUUGGAUUGAUAGCAUUAAUUGUGGAAUGUACAUUGAUUUAUAUUGUACAAAGAUCUGUUCUAGUGGAUCAAUUGAAUUCUGCAAAUAGUCAAAUGUGGGAAAGUGGAGAUGCUGCUGCCAAUAUCAUUGCAAAUAUUGUCAUGAUUAUUGUAAACACCCUCAAUUUAACAGCCAUUUUCUGUUACGUCAUGCAAGUUUUUAGAUUCCAAUUCAUGAAACUACUCUACAAGAAACUCUCUGAUAAUAGAACGCAAGCUCAAAGUACAACAAUUUUGAAAGCAUUGAAGUAUGCAACCUCACAAGUGUUAUUCUAUUCAUUGAUUGGUAUAUUUGCUGCUGUCAAUGUUGUCUAUUGGGUUAUUUGGGUCAUUUUGAGAAGAACUGGAGUUCUAGAUUCAUUACAGUAUACCUACAUUGUUUCAGUUUCUUAUACAGUUUGUAUUUUGACAUUUGGUGUGAUUAUUACAGCUGUCGCCAUCCUUGACAUGAUUCUCUCAUCAAAGAAAGAAGUUGAUCAAAAGAAGAAUAGAAGAAGAGCUGUAAACUUUUCACAACCUACCAGUACUUUCAGUCUUGAUAAUGCUGAAAACAUCAAUGAAAAGAAGAAGCUCAAUAAGAAUAUUUUAUUAACAGCAUUCCAUUGGUUUACCUCAAUGGAUGGACCUCUCUAUUUCAGAAUGGAAAUGUUCAUUUAUAUUAUUUCCUUCAUUUUACUCAUCUUGAAUCAAGUUAUUGGAUUGAGCAGCUUGUCUUACAGAUUUGAGAGUUUGGCCAUGUUCAAACUUGCCUUGACAUUUGAUUCAAUUUCCUUCAUCUUUGAAGUACUCUAUGUCAUUUCCUAUAUUUUAGUAUUUGGUGGUUAUGCACUCAUUGUUGCUCUUGUCUACAAGUUCAGACAACGUAGAACCAAAAAGGAAGAACAAAAGAAGCAAAACGAUGAAAUUAUGAAUCAAGAACUUUACAAUACUUUGGAAUCUGAGGAAGGAUAUGAAUUAUUUGCAAACUUUUGUGAAAAGGAAUUCAGCUCUGAAAAUUUAUUCCUCUUCUCUGACAUUAAAGCAAGUACAGAUGUGGUAUCUGGUGAAAAUCUUGGAGGAUUAGUCUUCUUUGCUGACCGAAUCUACCAAAAGUACAUCAAAACUGGAGCAGAAAUGGAAGUUAACAUUCCAUCAAAGAGUAGAACUGCAUUCAUUCAACUCUAUGAAAAAUGUAAGAAAUUGGACGAAUCAAAUUGUGAGCUAUUGGAUUUAAAUUCCCUAUCAAAACUUGGAAUUGAAAAUAGCAUGGUCAAGGAUUGUUUUGAAUUAAUGAUGAGACAGGUGGUUAUGAAUUUGGGAGAUACCUUCUCUCGAUUUGUUUUCACACCAGAUUAUGUUAAUUUCAAGGCAGUGAGAGAUGUUCAAAUGCAAAUCAUUGAGAAGGCCAACGUUGUCUAUGGUAUUUAA